GAUUAGGGUAUCUCAAAUUGACAAAUUCUCCUCUUCUCCAUUCUCUCUGGCGUCUGCGACUCUGCCGUCUUCUUCUUUGUUUGUCUACUUUUCUGGUUCUUCUCCAUUCUCUCUGCCGUCUUCUUCUCUUGUGUUUUAUACUUUUCUGGAACUUCAAGUGUUGAUUCUUCGCGGCAUAUUACUUAGAUUGAAGGUGCGUAUCUGCGUGAUAUGAAACGAUCUGCGUGAUAUGAAACGAAGCACAAUGCUAUGUAUGAAUUAUGAUUGAUUGCUAUGUAUGAUUGAAUUUUAUUACUUAGAUUGAAGGUGCAUGUCUGCUGCAAUUUACGGUAGUUGCAAGCUGCUACUGCAAAUUGCAGCAGAGCAGCAGUUGAUUUGCAGCAGCAGCAGUUGCAAAUUGUAGCAGUUCCAAAAUUGGGUGAGAGUUAGCAUUUAAUAAUAAUAUUAGUAGAGUUAGUUGAGUUACCGGGUCUUCAUUUUGAAGAAAGAGGGAGAGAUGGCGAGUGAGUGGCUGAAGGGUGAGAGUUGGUUAUUCACGCUCUAUAGAAUUUGCAAGUCUCUGUCGUUUAUAAAAAGGGUUAAAAAUUUAAAAUAAUUAAAAAAAAAAAAAAGGAAUAAAAUGUUGAGGAUGAAACAGUAUUAACACGGAGAUUCGCAUAAUCGUGUUUCUUGAAAAGCACAGAAGCAGAGAUAGAUACGGCACAGAGACAUGGAAGUUACUGCUGCUGCUUAUCCUUCACUUACGACGCCGUUUCAUCUGCGUAAUCUCUCUACCUCGUCCUCGCAUUUGUGCGCUUAUAAAGGACAAUCUCUUGUGUCCUCUUCAUAUAAACAUGCAGUUUUGAGAAGUUCAUACAGUUCUGCUCAAAAUGGCUUUCUAUGCAUGCCUAGGAAGAAGCUUGGUGUGUUAUGGGCUUAUAGCGAUUUAAAAAGGGGGAACCUCAAUAGACCAUAUUAUGAUUUUAAAUUGCAUAACUAUAAGAAGUUGUCCAGAUCUGUUCUUGUGAGAUCUGAACUUGCGGGAAAUGGGGCUCCCAAUUCUGCCUAUGCGUUAUCAGAAGUUAAACUGGGCUCAAAAGUUAGAGGAAUAAGCUUUUAUGCUGUAACUGCUGUAGCUGCCAUCCUGCUGAUUGGGCCGAUGCUGGUGGCACAUCCAUUAGUGCUCUUGCUGGAUCGAUACCAAAGAAAGUUUCAACACUUUAUUGCUAAAGUUUGGGCGACGUUAACUGUUUCUCUAUUUUUCAGAAUCAAGUUUGAGGGCUUAGAGAAUCUGCCUCCACCUGGUGCUCCUGCUGUAUAUGUUUCCAACCACCAGAGCUUUUUAGACAUAUACACUCUUCUCACUCUUGGGAGAAGCUUCAAAUUCAUAAGCAAGACAGCAAUAUUUCUCUUUCCUAUUAUUGGUUGGGCCAUGUCUAUGAUGGGUGUCAUUCCCUUGAAACGCAUGGACAGCAAAAGCCAGCUGGAAUGCCUUAAGAGGUGCAUGGAUCUUAUCAAGAAGGGGGCCUCUGUAUUUUUCUUCCCAGAGGGAACACGGAGUAAAGAUGGAAAAUUAGGUGCUUUCAAGAAAGGUGCGUUCAGUGUUGCAGCAAAAACUGGAGUCCCGGUAGUACCUAUGACCCUUAUGGGAACUGGCAAAAUCAUGCCCAGUGGAAUGGAGGGUAUCUUAAAUUCAGGAUCUGUCAAAGUCGUUAUUCAUAAGCCUUUACAAGGAAGAAAUCCAGAUGUAAUGUGCAGCGAAGCUAGAAAAACUAUUGCAGAUACACUCAGUCUUCAAGGCUGAAAGACUCACUGCAAAUCAACUAUGUUUCGUACAGCUCAACACCUAAUUCCUUGGUAUGGAUUGAAGAAUUAUGAUCUGAGUGGUUGCAUAUUGCCAAAGCUAAGCCAUGUGCAUCACAUUUCAAAAUCAUCGUUAGAAUCGGCAGACCCUUCUUCCGGUACGCGACAUGUGGUUUGGCAAUUGGCUAUCGGCUUUUAUUUUGCUGUCUUAAUUUGGCAUCUAAUAAUCAAUUAUUUCUUCCAUUCAACCAUA